GGGCAGGGGACGUUUCCCCUGCCAAUCACUACUCUAACUCUCUCUCCCGUUCUCUACAGCCGGCGACGAAAUAUCCUGUCCCAUUGAAACAAUCCAAAAUAUCUUCAAUCAGCAGUCGGCAGCAUAUCGAUUGCGAAUCCCAAGAAACGCAUACUAAGAUCCGACGACUAAUCUUAUUUCUGGUUCUGAGAUAGAAUUCGGUACCAGAUUUGACGGGAAAAUGGAGAAGACGACGAAAAUUGGGAAGAGAUUUGAAGGGAAGGUGGCGAUCGUAACGGCUUCGACUCAGGGCAUUGGCUUCGGCAUAGCCGAGCGGCUCGGCCUGGAAGGUGCCUCUGUCGUCGUGUCUUCUCGCAAACAGAAAAAUGUAGAUGAGGCAGUUGAAAAACUCAAAGCUCGAGGAAUCGAAGUUUUGGGUGUCGUUUGUCAUGUGUCUAGUGCAGAACAAAGGAAGAACCUCAUAGACAAGACUGUUCAGAGAUAUGGAAAAGUAGAUGUGGUUGUAUCCAAUGCUGCUGCUAAUCCUUCUACUGAUCCCAUUUUGCAAACGAAAGAAUCUGUACUGGACAAACUGUGGGAGAUAAAUGUCAAAUCCUCCAUACUUAUUUUAAAGGAUGUAGCUCCUUACUUGCAGAAGGGUUCUUCGGUGGUUAUAAUCUCUUCUAUCACCGCCUACCAACCACCACCUUCCAUGGCUAUGUAUGCAGUGACUAAAACGGCGCUUCUUGGGCUUACCAAGGCUCUCGCAGCCGAGAUGGCCCCGGAUACUCGUGUAAACUGUGUUGCUCCGGGUUUUGUACCAACGUACUUUGCCGCAUCCCUUAUAGAAGAUGAAUCUGUUAAGCAGGAGAUCGAGGCGAAGUCUUUACUUAACAGGCUCGGUACCACUCAAGACAUGGCUGCUGCUGCUGCCUUUUUGGCUUCUGAUGAUGCAGCUUAUAUAACAGGAGAAACUCUGGUGGUCGGGGGAGGGACGCCCUCGAGACUCUAAUUCCCUUUCUUCUUUUCUCAAUAACCCAUUGAUUUAUUUACUUGUUUUCAAUGGGAUGAUUAGAAUGCAAGAACUAUAAAGUCACAAGUUACAUGUAAUCUAUUAUAGACCUGAAUAUGGAAAGAAGCCAGUAUAUAUAUAUAUAUAUAUAAUCUCCGUUUGACAUCCA